AUGUCGGAGCUGGAGCAGCUGCGGCAGCGAGACAUCCCCGCGGGCCGCCAGGGCCUGCGGGAGCAGCACGACAACCUCCACAGGGUCGCCGAGUACUGCGAGAGCAACUACCUGCAGGCCAGCGACAAGCGGAAGGCGCUGGAGGAGACGAUGGCCCUGAGCACCCAGUCCCUGGCCAGUGUCACCUACCAGGUCAGCAGCCUGGCCACCGCCUUCCUGAGGCUGCUGGACCUGCAGGCGGCCCAGCUGCGCCAGGUGGAGGCCGAUGUCGCCUGCGUGGCACAGAGGGUGGACAUCCACAAGGAGAAGGUGUCCCGCCGGGAGAUCGGUUCCUUGACCGUCACCAAGAGGUUCCCGCCCUACCAAAAGAUCGUGGCUCCCCCCAACCCCCCCAGCCUGGAGCCCUACUACAGGAAACCCCUCAACUUCAGCGUCCUGGAUGACAUUGGCCACGGCAUAAAGGACCACAGCACGCAGCUGUCCCGCACCGGCACCCUGGCUCGGAAGGGCACCAAGUCGUCGGCGCAGGCCGUGGGCACCCUGGGGAGAAGCACCCGCGUCCCCGAGCCCAUCCAGCCGCCCGUGGUGCCCGAGGGCAAGCUCUCCGCAGCCUCCUCCACCUCCUCGCUGGCAUCCAUCAGCUCCAGCGGAGCCCUGGCAGCUCCUGGUGAAGGAAUCCCGGCACCGCCGCCGCUGCCCUCCCUGCCGGGACCCCCCGCUCCAGGGCCAUCUCUGCCAGGGCCACCCCCACCAGGGCCACCCGCACCCCCUGCCACUGCCAUCCCGCCGCCCCCUCUCCCCGGGGCUCUGCUCCCACCGCCCCCGCCAGAGGACUUGGCCGUGCCCCCACUGGACCUGCUGCCCCCAGCCCCUGCUGAGCUGGAGCCACUGCCACCACCAUCGGCUCUGCCCGACUUCGAGGACUUGGCCCUGCCACCGCCACCCCCCGCCUCAGAGGAGCCUUCCUGGGUGCCAGAGAACUACCUGGAGAAAGUGGUGGCCCUGUACCCCUACACGCGGCAGAAGGACAACGAGCUCUCCUUCCAGCCCGGCGCCCUCCUCUUCGUCACACGGCGCUACUCGGACGGCUGGUGCGAGGGCGUCCUGGGGCAGGAGGCGGGAUUCUUCCCUGGGAAUUACGUGGAGCCCUGCUGAGCCCCCAGGCCAGGCCGCCCCCUCCCCGGAUCGGCCUCAUCCCGCUCUGUUCAGGCCUGGAAUUCUGGCUCUGCAGCGCUGGAACUGGCACGGGAGCAGAGCGGGUGGCACUGCUGGCACCGCUGCGGC